UAUUGGCCCUGUCUCUGAAAGGAGACAUGAACCUAAGUAUUGUGAUGACUACCUGCUCUACAUUCCUAGCCCUGGGUAUGAUGCCACUGCUCCUCUACCUAUACUGCCAGGGCUUCUCCAACCUGGAGAGUGCUGUUCCCUACGCUGGCAUCACUCUGGCCCUGGUCAUGACUCUGUUCCCCUGCGGCAUCGGCAUCCUCAUCAAUUACUACAGGCCACAGUACUCCAAGACUAUUACUAAGGUCGGCCUGUCCCUCCUGUUGAUGGCCACGGUGGUUAUUGGCCUGCUGGCCGGCAUGACCAUAGGAGGGAUGGAUUUGACGCUGACCCUCCUGUCCCCUCCGCUCAUGGCCACCGCUGCCCUCAUGCCCCUCAUUGGCUACACCUUCGGAUACGUCCUGUCAUACCUCUUCAAACUCAACGGAUCGGGGCGGAGGACCAUCUCCAUGGAGACAGGCUGUCAGAACAUCCAGCUGUGUUCCACCAUUUUGAAGGUGGCAUUCCCUCCCGAUGUGAUUGGUCCCCUCUACCUGUUCCCUAUGAUCUACAUAGUGUUUCAGGUGGGAGAGGCCUUACUGCUCAUCGUCCUGUUCAGGGUUCACCGGAGGUUCUUCAAAACACCGAAGACAGAGAAGCAGGUGUACGAUGCAGUGGAUGGAAAUCAGAUUCACAGCAGCUCAGUCUGAAAUGGUGAUGUGAACCAAGGCUUCAGGCUCCCAAGGACCUGAACAUCUACCGGAUUACAAUGAGGAUUUAACACCCAGUAACUGCACACACAAUGAGGAUUUAACACCCAGUAACUGCACACACAAUGAGGAUUUAACACCCAGUAACUGCACACACAAUGAGGAUUUAACACCCAGUAACUGCACACAAUGAGGAUUUAACACCCAGUAACUGCACACACAAUGAGGAUUUAAACACCCAGUAACUGCACACACAAUGAGGAUUUAACACCCAGUAACUGCACACAAUGAGGAUUUAACACCCAGUAACUGCACACGAGGAUUUAACACCCAGUAACUGCACACACAAUGAGGAUUUAACACCCAGUAAC